AUGAGGACGCUACUGACCAUCCUGGCUGUGGGAUCCCUGGUCGCUCACAUUGCUGAGGACGCCUCGGAUCUUCUUCAGCACGUGAAAUUCCAGUCCAGCAACUUCGAAAACAUCCUGACCUGGGACAGCGCGCCGGAGAGCACCCCAGGCACAGUCUACAGUGUCGAGUAUAAGACGUACGGAGAGAUAGAGUGGCUGGCAAAGAAGGGCUGCCAGCAGAUCACCAGGAAGUCCUGCAACCUGACCAUGGAGACAGCCAGCCUCACAGAGCUCUACUACGCCAGGGUCACUGCCACCAGCGCAGGAGGCCGGUCAGCCACCAAGAUGACCGACCGGUUCAGCUCACUGCACCAUACUACCAUCAAACCACCUGAUGUGACCUGCAUCCCCAAGGUGAAAUCCAUUCAGAUGAUUGUCCACCCCACGUGCACGCCCCUCCACUCAGCAGAUGGCCACCGGCUAACCCUGGAGGAUGUCUUCCAGGACCUGUUCUACCGCUUAGACCUCCACAUCAACCAAACCUACCAAAUGCACCUUGGAGGAAAGCAGAGAGAAUACGAGUUCAUUGGCCUGACCCCUGACACGGAGUUCCUUGGGACCAUCAAAAUUUUUGUUCCAACCUGGUCCAAAGAGAGUGCCCCCUAUGUGUGCCGUGUGAAGACACUGCCAGACCGGACGUGGACCUACUCAUUUUCCGGUGCCUUCCUGUUCUCCAUGGGCUUUGUCGUCGCAGGCCUCUGCUACCUGAGCUACAGAUACAUCACCAAGCCACCUCAGCCACCCGAUUCCCUGAACGUCCAGCCUGUGCUGACCUUCCGGCCACUGCAGUUCAUCCAAGAACACUUCCUGAUCCCUGCCUCUGAGCUCAGCAGCCCCAGCAGCCUGGCCCAGCCUGUGCAGUACUCCAGAAUCAUAGUCUCUGGGCCCCCCCCGGGAGCCCCACCGCUGCACAGCCGGUCUGAGGUCACCUACCGCGGACAGCCAGACGUCUCCGUCCUCCAGCCCCCCAGAGCGCCACCUCACCAGAUACUCCCCCCGCCAUCCUAUGCCCCCCAGGCUGCCCCCGAGGUCAGACCCUCAUGCUACACAGCUCAAGGCACCACCGAAGAUAAAGCCCCAUCCUACGCUCCACAGACUGUCUCUUCCUAUGCCCCUCAGGCCACCUCGGACAGCUGGCCUCCCUCCUAUGGGGUGUGUAUGGAAGACUCUGGCAAAGACUCCCCACCUGUGGCACAGGCCAGUCCCAAACACCUCAGGCCUAAAAGUCAGCUCCAGAAAGAGCCACCAGCUGGGAGCUGCAUCACAGAUGACCUAUCACUGCAGAGGGUGGCCUCCUUGGCUACAGAGGAGCCCCAAGAAGCAAAAUCCUUCCGGCCCCCUCUGCAUGUUGACGUGGACGGAGCACCUGACACCAGCGUGCUGCACAAAAGAGAGCCAGGGACGCCAGGGUACCUGAAGAGCCAGCUGCCCCUCCUCUCUUCUGUCCAGAUAGAGGGCCACCCGGUGUCCCUCCCUUUGCACACCCCAUCCCUCCCAUGUUCUCCCACAGACCAGGUUUCUAGUCCCUGGGGCCUGCUGGAGUCCCUCGUGUGUUCCAAGGACGAGGAUCCAGGGUCCAAGAGCCAGGCCCAUAGUGCAGCCCCUCGGGCCUCAGACCUGGAGCAGCCCACAGAGCUGGACUCCCUUUUCAGAGGCCUGGCCCUGACUGUGCAGUGGGAAUCCUGA